UUUAAAGCCUUUAUUUUGAUUAUAACACGUGGCAUAUGAAAUCGUUUUAGGAGUGGUGGUGUGCUCGCAGGUGACGUUAUCAAUUCAGUCUACCUAUGGAAACAGGUUAGGGGAAACGCAUUUCUCAGAGCAUCUGAAUAAGUCAUUUUAGUUUUCAAAGCUGGGUGGCUGUGGUUCGGUCACAUGGACGAUAUAUAAUACCGCACUGCGACUCGCUGACACAGACACGGAUAGUCAUCCUGUGAGACGUUUUUGAUAAUUUGCUUGCAGGGGAAACUGAAAAACGGUACGCUCCACUAAAGAUACCGCACUCUCUGUAGUCUCGCUUUUCAGUUUGACGCACUUUACGCGUAGUAGCCUAGCCACCAGGAAAUCUACGUUCCGCAGGUGUAGACUGCAAGCGACGGCUGUUUAACUUGCAUGAAUUUUGGUGUUUGCCACGAUUUCAUCUCGAGCGGCGUACCUGGUACACAGGCCUCAUAAAGCAGUGUGCACUGGCUGUGGUCACACCAUGUCAUUUACAGUGAACCUGAGCGGCCCGUCUCCCUGGGGCUUCAGAAUAUCCGGAGGGAGGGACUUCAAGAAGGCAAUUACAGUUUCCAAGGUGAAUGGGGGCAGUAAAGCCGCGCAGGCCAGCCUGCAGCCCGGUGAUGUCAUCGUGGAGAUCAACGGGGAGAACACGGCGGACAUGCUGAACGUGGAGGCGCAGAACAAGAUCAAGAACUCCAAGACACAGCUACAGCUGCUGGUGGACAGGCCUGAGCCUUCAAGUCCUGGACAGACCAAUGGGAUCAGCACUCCUGAGCAGCUGGGCGGGCGCUUCCAGGAGGCGAUGCAGGUGAGCCGAGAUGAAAACCAGAACUACAGGGAGUACACGCUGUCCAGCCCAGCCUCUCUGUCACCUGGCCCCUAUUCCCCCGAGCCUCCGUCCAGCCCUGACGGGAAGGCAGAGUGGCACACGGCCAAGAGUGUGCAGGUGCAUUUAUGGUCCCCAGUGGAGAAGAGCCCCAACUACAGUCUUUCCAGGCCUCUUUCUCAGGAGUUCUCCUCGCCAGACUUCCGGAGCAACUCUGUAUCCAGCCGGACCCCCACCCCCCCGGGACGCUACUCUCCCCACAGCCCUGUCGAAAGAGAGUCCUCCGCCUCCCCCCGACGCAACUCAGACCUCAGCAUGCAGAAAUUUGACCGGGAUUCGGAGGUGUACAAGAUGAUCCAGGAGAACAAGGAGUCCCGGGCCGCCCCCCGGCAGUCCAGCACCUUCCGCAUGCUGCAGGAGGUGCUGGAGGCGGAUGAGAAGGAGGCUGCGCUGCGGUUCCCGGGGAGGUUGUCGCCCAGCCCGGCCAAACCCAGCUCCUCGGUGGCGGGCGUGCAGAAGCACCACACCUGUGAGAAGUGUGGCACCAGCAUUGUAACGCAGGCGGUCCGUAUCACGGACGAGCGGUACCGGCACCCGGAGUGCUACACCUGCACGGACUGCGGCCUCAACCUGAAGAUGCGCGGCCACUUCUGGGCGGGCGAGGAGAUGUUCUGUGAGAAGCACGCCCAGGAGAGGUACCAGGGCCCGGGCAGUGCCCCCCACGCCACGGUCUCCCCCCGCCACUGAACGACCCUUCAGCAUCUAACCCCCCCCCCCCCCCCCGAUCCUGGACCCGCGGGCAGGUACCCCACAUGACUACAGACUCAAUGGACCGAGGGCUGGGGGCCAACGCCUUAGAACGGGUGUCCCGUCUCUAGUAUUCACCUUCCUUAGAGUAUGAGUAACACAGCUGCCCUUCACUUACUGCUCCAGGUUCAAGAGGGCAUUUUGUUUGCCAUUUUCCUGCCUUACCCCUCCACCCCCAGGCUUUUAGUAACAAUGGGCCUCAUUCACAAAACUUUUCUUCAAUUAUUCUUAUUUCUGUUCUUAAAAAUAUUCCAAUGAAAAACCAAUAUGGGAUUCAUGACACAUGUACAGACCUUUGCUUUUGUGCACAUCCCAGGCAUUUGAGAUGAUGAAUUCUGACUGUUAAUUUUAUGUGCAGUCCUGUUCAUGUGAUUAGCAUAAGCAAACAGCAAUGAGCAAAUACAGAUACGAAAAAAAUGAUGAAUGCUGAAAUGUUCUUGGAAAUGUUCUUACAAUCUUAUCAAAUGUGACCGUACGCAUGUUUCGUGAAUGAGGCCCAUUGAGUGAACGCUCACAGAUCACGUGCCAUCUCUCCAAGCAGUUUCUCACAUCUGUGACACUUGCACUGGUGUAUUCAAUAAUGAUAUCGGAACGUAUUCCUGUUACAGAGGUUCUCAAGAUGACUAAAACAAAAAACUAAUAACUGAAGUCAACUUGGUGCUUUUGUUCUUUACGCUGUUUCUGAGACUGUAACUGAGCUUCUGCUGGUAUCAGUGUGAAGCAGAGAGGUGCAAACAUUAGAAUCCCAGUGGAAUGGACGGGAUGGUUUUGACUGGCUCUCGUUUGAAAUGAAAUGUCGUUAGAAAUGGACCCUGGGCAUCAGAAAAACAACCAUUGAAUUCACACGUCAUUGUUCAGGAAUAUGCUGUUCGUGUUUCUUCGCCAUGACUAUUUAAUUCCACGGUUCGUUCCGGAGGUUCGCUUAUCAGGUAACUGCAAUAUAGCGGAUGAGACUUCUGAAUCCUGCGCAUAAAUCAGACAUCAAAAGCUUCCUUUUUUUUCUUUUGAAACUAUGUAAGCACAUACAUUCAUAAGUUUAUUUCAUAUUUGCUUUCCAUCUUCUUUUUGUCCAACAAGGGAACAUGUCAUUCAAGAAAUAAUAGAAAUAACAUUCUGUACAUAAUGUUUUCUUUCAGACAGAAGUGUAUGUAAAUUGAUAGAAUGCUGUAGUGCUUUUCUGCAGAGGGUUGUAUUUCUGAUUUGUACCUUACAUUUAAGUGUGGAAAUGAGAUUGUCAAUGCUACAGAACAUUCUGUUCAUGCCUUAUACCAGUAGUACUUUUGAGUGGGAACACUUUAAAAAUAGAUAUACCUUGCAUAUUACACUGUAUAAAACACAAAUGAAGGUUGUUCAUUUGGGAACAUGUAAUAAAUGGUAAAAAAAAAAACUGAGCAAAAAGA